CGCUCCUACACGGCAAGAUAGCCAACAUUGCAAAGAUGCCUGCCCUCAAAUUUGUGCGAUCUGUGUGGGAGUCAUUCCGAGCAUCAUCCGGCCUGGAGCCGAGAUUACUUGACGGCCUCAAAGUAACCUCCGCGGUCCCCGGCCGUGUGAAGUUCGAGCUCCCAAUCGAGAAACAUCACACAAAUCGCUUGAAUAUUCUCCAUGGCGGCACCAUCGCCAGCAUGGUAGACCUCGGAGGCUCCCUGGCCGUAGCCUCGCGUGGCCUUUUCGCAACUGGUGUCUCAACCGACCUGAACGUUACUUACCUCUCAUCCGGGGGCAAGAUAGGAGAUCUCAUCAGGGCGGAAGUAUCGUGCGACAAGUUUGGGAAGACUAUGGCAUUCACGUCUAUCCAGUUCAAGAAUGAGAAAGACGAGGUGUUUGCACGUGGGAGUCACACAAAGUUUAUCGCAUUGGCCUGGAAAGAUCCGAACAACAUCACCGGAGAAUUGUCCCCCAGGGUGGAAAAGAAAGAGUAGACUGCUGCACCAAGACGACAGCCUGAACACAGUGUGGUAUCCCAAUGUAGGCUAUACGUAGGCCGAGAGUACUGAGAUCUUCAUCCUGGUACUCCAGCAAGACCAAGAGAUCCUUCAUCAAGAAUCAAUACAUAACGAACCGCU